AUGGAGCCCCUGUAUGAGGAGUAUCUAACAGAUGAUGGAACAAUUGUCAAACCUUAUUUCUGGCUAAGCUUCUCUCUAGAUUGCACCAACUGCCCUUACCACAUUCGGACAGGAGAAGAGGCAAGAGUUCCCUACACAGAAUUUCAGCGGAUUUUUGGAUUCCCAUGGUCAACAUACCCUCAAAUAAAACACCUCACAUUUUACGAGCUGAGAAGUUCCUCUUGGAACCUGAUACAAAAGGGCCAUGCUAGCAACUGCACUGGGAAUCUUAGCCACCCAGAAUCAAUGUUAUUUGAGAAGAAUGGUUACCUUGACUCAGUCAUAUCUUAUAACAGCAACAUUAGACAUAUCAUUCUGUAUUCCAACCACUCCCCUUGUAAUGAGGCUAGCCAUUACUGCAUCAGCAAAAUGUAUACUUUCCUGAUGAUGUAUCCAGAUAUCACUCUUAAUAUUUUCUUUUCUCAGCUCUAUCAUACUGAAAACCAAUUUCCUACCUCAGCACGGAACCGUGAGGCUCUUCGGAGCCUGGCCAGCUUAUGGCCCCAGGUCACUUUGAAUCCAAUAAGUGGUGACAUUUGGCAUUGUAUUCUUGAAAAUUUUGUUAGUUGUGUCCCAGGUGUUCUCCAGCCCUUUACCUCAGGGAGAAUACUGGUUGACAGGUACAAUGCUUAUGAAAUAAACUCCAUAACAGGAGUAAAGCCUUAUUUUAUCAAUGUUCUUCUGAGGCAGGAAAGAGAGAGGCAGAGCAGAAAGGUUUGGGCAACUUUAGAAAACUACCCCUUAAACAAUGCUGAUCCUGGACAAGCCAAACUGAGUCAGGGUCCCAGUACUUCUGUAGUUUCCAUGUUGGUGCCUUACAGAGAACUACCACCAAUCCUUGUGAGUCAAAACCCACAGAAACCCAGAAAUGUGGUAAGACACUUGAAUAUGCCACAACUGUCAUCAUCAAAGGCCAAAGACCUUAGGGAAUCUCUCUCAGGCAAGCCCAUGACUGCAAGCCACAGAUGGGUCUGGAGGCAGCAAAGAGGCAAAUGA